GCGAUGGCAGCGACCGAACGGUACUGUGUGGCCGAGGAGCGAAGUGGACAUUGCGCUGUAGUGGACGGGAACUUCCUCUAUGUCUGGGGAGGAUAUGUGUGUUGGUUCUCCUCUCAGCUACCUCUUCCAGCACCAGUAACUUCUCUGCAUCAAAAAUUGACUCGGCCUUAAAGUACUCCAGCAGGACCACAGUAUUGUACUAUUGUUGCCGAGUCUCACAACCUAUUAGAGAUGUGAUUAAAAUCGAAGAUUUUAGAAAAUUGCUAGACCACACUUAAUUUCUAGUGUAUUACUAAAUGGUUUUUAUGCCAUGUGUUUUUCUUGUCAGUAUUUUCAUUUUAUCUUUUUGAGAAUCCCAAGAGAAAUCUGUUUUAUUGUAUAGAAUUCAUGUUAAAAGUUAACAUACAAUCUAUGACAAAUCUGUAAUCUGAUAUCAGUCUUUCUGUUCCAUGGAAACACAUAUAGUUAUCCAUUUAAAAUUAAAUAUUUGUAAAAGACUACAUCUAUAGAGAGUAUUAAGAUGGCAGAUGGCCAAAUCAAAAUUUAUUUCAAACAUGAUUUGAUAUUCUAUCUUUUGCAAAACAUGUUUCUUCCUGUAGCCAGGUAGAAUUUUGGCUGACGGCUCUGAGAAAUGUGAUUACCAUGAUAAACAGUACUUCUGGCUUAUUUCCUUACUAAAGCUCUUCUGAGUAGUGGAUAUCUACUGAUAUUACAGGAAUUCUCUUAUUGGCUAAUCCUCUACCUCAGUUUAAAUUUAGACAAGUGUCUGCUGCUGUUUGAUUUGGUUUUUCUCUAUCCCUAACUGUAUAUUUAAAAGGUUUUUAACCAGUAAUUUACUAUGUUCAUCCACUCAAAUAGCAAAUUUCGACAGUAUGAUAAUAGAAAUAAGCUUUUAAAUCAACAAGCUUUUCUUUUCUGGUUGUAGUAGCUGCUGUGAGGAAGGGAGUGUGAAUUUCCUGCCUUCCUCUCCUACCAGGGAAGAUAACAAUCUUGUGGCCUGAAUUCUAGUACUGUCACCAAACUCAGUCUUCUAGUAUGCUCAGUUGCAUCUCUCCCUACCUUCCUCCAUGCUCUACUUUGCUACAGGACUUAGAUCCAUUUGCUUUUCCUUCGUUUUGUCAGAGGAGUUGCACCUAGUGCCUCUAUUCCAUGCUGACUUGGCAGAAGAAGCAUGGAGGAAUCAGUACAGGUCACAAUCCUCUGCUUGUCUCUCUCUUCUCUGUAUCUUUGCUUUUUUGGCAAAAGCAAAUUGUUUCCCAAACUAAAAGCCCUGGAAUCCUGGGAUCUUUGGGUAACAUCUGUGUGUUAGCACUGCUGUUCGACCAAGUUUCUGCAACAGUUCUCCAGGGGGAGGGAUUCCAUUCCUAAAGAUAGCCAGACCUCCGGUUUAUUAAGAAAAAUUUUGAAGGCUGUGGAGUUUCAUCAUUCUGAAUCAAGGGAAAACUAACCUUAUUUUGACAUUUGAUUUUUGAUGCUUUAGAAGUCAAAUGGAGAAGUUUUCAUUUGAAAUUGCAUUGGUAGUAUAUAUCAGUCCCCCAACCUAAUAAUAAAAGAUUUCUCUAUCCCUACACUGUUCCUUAAAUGAUAAAAGGUUUGGAUCUCACCUGAAAGGUUGAAUGUCAGUUACUAUUUCCUUCAUGUGGGGUGAUAAAGUCACCUACUAUACAAGCCCAAUUCGGGAACAUAGGUUCUGUCAGAGAAACUUCUGAGUUUAAGUCAUGUGUUUAUAGGACUCAGUUUUUUAAGGCCUAUAGAUGUUUUUAGUUGGUUAUAAGCAGGAGAGGAAAGAAACAAAAAAGUAAUAAGAGGGAAGAAAGAAACGUGGAUAGGAAGAGUGUUAAGAGUGUCAACAAGAAUUAUUUCAGUGCCACUGAGUUGCCUAGAAUUGAUGUAGGUCAGCAAUUUUCAAACUAUGGUCUGGGGAACUUCUGAGACCCUUUUAGGAGGUCCUUAUGGUCAAAACUAUUUUCAUAACUAAGAUGUCUUAAUUUAUAACAUAGUAAAUACUGAUAAAUAUAACAUGUAAACAAAAACAUUUGGGAAUCUUUAAUAAUUUUUAAGAGUGAAAAGGGGUCCUGAGACCAGAGUUUGAGAAUAGCUUUCAAGAUCAUCAUGGCUUAAAGGAUUCCUGGGAUUCUUGAGUUGCUCCAGUUAUUUCGUUUUUUUUUUUUGUUUUUUUUUUUUCCUAGAAUAAGUCAUAGGAAGGCUGUAGGUGUCUUGGACUAAAUUAGAUUCACCUCUGUCCCUGAAUAUCUCCUCUCAAAGGUAUUCUUUAAACAGGGAACAACACAGGACUAAGCUAGUUCUCUAGGUGAACCGUGCUUCAAAACUGCAGUGCCCUCUAAAGUCUAUUGAAGACAAUGAAGUGUAUUUGCCUAAUGAUGAAAUUUGGAUCUAUGAAAUUGACAAUGGUUUGUGGUAAGCUAUAUGUGUUUUAAAUCAUGCAGUAUGCCAAAUCUUGCAACUGUUGUAGAAUUUGAUUAAAAGUUACAAGAUUGUAUGUGUACUGUUAUUACAAAUGUUUAACUUCUCUUUCUUUUUCUCAGGUCUCAAUUUUUAUAAAUACUGAACUUUUUCCUUCUCCCAAGUCUAUCUUAUCCUCAGUGCCUCUGUGGUCUUUAAUUCCAUUAAUUCUCAGAUCUGGUUGUACACAUGAAAACAUUGUGUAUUUGGCAUAUGUCUAAUGGUCUUUCUAUGGAGAUUUAUAAUAUUUUACAAAAUAGGAUUGUUAACUUAGUUUAAUAAAAUGAUUGAUGGAGUGCCUUUCUGGAAAGUCAAGGAAUUCUAUAUUGUUUUGUUACAGGACAAUGCAUCUUAUGGAAGGAGAACUCCCUACAUCCAUGUCAGGAAGUUGUGGUGCCUGCAUUAAUGGAAAACUCUAUGUUUUUGGAGGAUAUGAUGACAAAGGAUAUAGCAAUCGACUCUAUUUUGUUAAUUUACGAACAAGAGAUGGAACAUUCCAAUGGGAAAAAAUCAUUGACUUUAAAGGACAGCCACCUACACCACGAGACAAACUUUCUUGCUGGGUAUAUAAAGACAGGUUAAUAUAUUUUGGUGGUUAUGGAUGUAGGAAACACAGUGAACUCCAAGACUGUUUUGAUGUUCAUGAUGCAUCUUGGGAAGGACAAAUAUUUUGGGGUUGGCAUAAUGAUGUCCAUGUUUUUGAUACAAACACACAGACUUGGUUUCAACCAGAAAUAAAAAAUGGAAUCCCACCACAGCCUCGAGCAGCUCACACAUGUGCAGUACUCGGAAAUAAGGGCUAUAUUUUUGGAGGACGAGUAUUGCAAACUAGGAUGAAUGAUUUGCACUGUCUGAACUUAGAUACUUGGACUUGGUCUGGAAGGAUUCAUACUAAUGGAGAGAAACCAAAACAUCGGUCUUGGCAUACUUUGACACCAAUUGCUGAUGAUCAGCUUUUUCUGUUUGGUGGAUUAAGUUCAGAGAAUAUUCCUUUAAGUGAUGGAUGGAUUCACAAUGUUGUAACAAAUGGUUGGAGACAGCUUACACAUUUACCUAAGACAAGGCCCAGGUUAUGGCAUACUGCCUGUCUGGGAAAAGAAAAUGAAGUAAUGGUAUUUGGUGGGAGCAAAGAUGAUUUACUUUUUAUGGAUACAGGUCAUUGUAAUGAUUUAUUGAUAUUUCAAACUCAACCUUAUUCACUUCUCAGGUUAUGUCUCGACUGCAUUGGUAAAAAUGCUGUCAUCUUAGAAAGUCAGAUAACUUUAUUACCUCCAAAGCUUCUUCAGCAAGUUCUCAAAAAAAUAACAUUUUGGACUGCAGCUAAUCAUCGACAAGAACAAAGAGCUAAAACUGAAGAAACAGACAAAUAUCUUUGAAUUGUUAUUGUUAUAUACUAUAUAUACACUUAAUAUGUUGAACAUUUUGGAAAAGAAAAAACAUUUGGAAAAGCUAUUAAUAGCUUUAAUUCUGGUAUUCCCCCUGAAAAAACAGUAUUUGGCAGCAAAAAAAAAAAAAAAAGUACUUUUGAAGGGAUUAUAUAAUAAUGAUGGAUGUUAGAUAUAAGAAUGGCAGAUGAACUUAAAAUUUUAAGAACAGGCUACCUUUCAAAUAAGUGUGUGUAGUAAGGUUAUUCUUCUAGAAAACUAGUAACUAAUACAAAAUAAGAAUUUAUUCCAUUGUUCAAUCUUCACUGAAAAUAUUAUGCAAAACAUUCAGGAAAAUGAGUGAUUUGUCUAAGGAUUUCAGGAAUGUGAAGAAACACAUGUGCCCUGAAAUGUUAUAUAUUUUACUUUUUGUUACUGAUUUUUGGAGAGAAUAAAUUCUCUCAAGUAACAAACAAUCUUUAAGUUUUUAUUUAUAACCUAAUAAAUAUUGCUAAUGUUAGCCAUGAAAAAAUAUUGGGAUGAAUGAUAUCAAACAUUGAACUGAUCUGCCUUUUUACAUAUGUUUCUGAGAACAGCAGAUAUGAUGAAUGGUAUCAGAUAUUUAGUUAAUUUUGUGUAUAACAACAUGAUAACAUGGGUAAAGUAGAAAUUAGGUGAGUAAUGUGGGUUCAUUAAGAAGUAAUUUUUGUAGUAAUCUACAGUCCUAUAAACAUAUGAUUUGCUUCAUAAAAA